AUGUCUUCCCUCCAGGAUCUCCCUGGAGAUUCCUCUUUUCCUUCUCUUCACCAUGACACUCUCCCAGACUAUCUCUUUGACACAGACUCAGAAGACAGCAUGUCAAGCACCGACCAAGGAGACAACAAGGAGAAGGACAAGGAUAAACUCGAUCCUGAAGUCCUCAAAGAUCUUGAGAAGCAUCAAGGCUUCAUGAGGCAAGCAAUCAAUGUCGCUGAGGAUGCUCUCGCAGGAGGCGAAACCCCGGUUGCAUGUGUUCUCGUCCUCAACGGAGAGGUCGUCGCUCGAGGAAUGAAUGACACCAAUCGAUCACUGAACGGUACUCGCCAUGCUGAAUUCCUCGCCACCGCGGAGUUUCUCUCCAAGUACCCACUGAGCAGAUUCAAGGAAACCGAUCUCUAUGUCACCGUGGAACCGUGCAUCAUGUGUGCUUCGGCUCUGAGACAGUACGGAAUUCGCUGUGUCUACUACGGCUGUGGAAACGAUCGUUUCGGUGGCAAUGGAAGCGUUCUUGCGGUUCAUUCAGACAAGGGUCUGGAGAAAGGCUAUCCGAGCUACGGGGGGAUUUUCAGGAAAGAAGCCAUCAUGUUGCUACGCCGAUUCUACAUUCAGGAGAAUGAGAACGCACCCAAUCCUCGCGCAAAGGGCAACAGAGAGCUGAAGCCAGUCGUCUGA